AUGAAUGGUAAUUCACCAAUUAUUGAUAUUACUAAUAAUGACGGUGAAGUAAAUCAAAGUUAUGUACCAAAUCCAACUGAUAAUCCAUUACAAACUAUUCAUAAAGAAGAAAAACAAGACACACAACAUUUUCCACGAACAUCAGCAGCGUCGACUACAUCAAUGCAUGUUAUUUAUGAAGUAAAACCCGAUGAAAAUACAAAUGGAAUUACAUUUGUAUCAUCUCCAUCAGCUUCUUCAUCAAGUAAUAGUCAUCAGCAACAGCGUCAAUCAAUUGGUACAGAACCAUAUGAACGACAAUUAUCUAUACUUGAUCCAACGUCAGAUCGUGUUAGCACAAUUCUUGUUUGGCAAAAUUUAAUUGUUUCGGCAAGAGAAGCUAAGAAAUUGCAAUUUAUUCGACGUUCAAUAUCAAAAAAUUUUCAACCAAAAACUAAACGUUUAUUACAUAAUGUAAGCGGAGCUAUUACUGGUGGAUUAUGGGCUGUAAUGGGUCCAUCGGGUUCUGGUAAAUCAACACUCUUAAAUACAUUAGCUUGUCGUUUGGAUGUUAAUACAAUUGUUCAAGGCGAAAUGCGUUUAAAUGGUGCACCAUAUGAUAAUGCAGAAUUAAAACGUAUAGCUGGUUAUGUUAUGCAAGAUGAUUUAUUAAAUGGAUAUUUAACUGUUGAAGAAACUUUAAUGUUUACAGCUGAAUUACGUUUACCACGAACAUUAUCUGAUUGCGAACGAAAAGUACGUGUUGAUGAAGUUCUUGAUGAUUUAGGUUUAAAACAUGCACGAAAUGAUAUUAUUGGUGUUCAAUCAAAACGAGGUAUAUCAGGUAGUGAACGUAAACGGUUAUGCGUUGCUAUGCAAUUACUUAAUCGUCCACAAUUAUUAUUUCUUGAUGAACCAACAACUGGUUUAGAUUCAGUUACAGCACUUGAUUUAUUAUAUACACUUCAUGCACUUGCACGUGGUAAAUCAGAACAAAAAGGUGUAACAAUUGUUUGUUCAAUACAUCAACCACAAGCAAAAAUAUUUAAUUUAUUUGAUGCAAUUGUUUUACUUAAAGCAGGUCAUAUCAUUUAUCAAGGUUCAAGAAAACAAUCAACAGAAGUAUUUCGUGCAGCUGGUUUUCCUUGUCCAUUAUUUACAAAUCCAGCUGAUCAUCUUUUAGAUGUUAUAACACCACCAAAAACUGAUCAAACAAAUCUUGAUGAACCUCCAUUAACAGUUGAACAACAAGCAGCUGUUGACGAAGCACUUAUAAAAGCACAGCCAUUACUUGAUAUUGAUCUUAAUAUGGGUGUUGAUAAACGUGUUGCUCAAAUGGCUAAUCUACCACGUAAUCCAACAUGGCAUAAACAAGUACGAAUACUUGUACGUCGUAAUUUGCGAGAACAAUUUCGAAAAAAACAUCUUCUUAUUACUUCAAAUAUACAAACAGUUAUCAUGGCUAUUUUAAUCGGUACUGUUUUUUUAAGAAUUGGUCAUACACAAAAAAGUAUUGUACGUCGUGAACCAGUUCUAUUCUUUUGUGCUAUCAAUCAAGGUGUUUUUGGUGCAUUAACAGUUAUUAAUUCAUUUCCUGUUGAACGAACAUUAACAUUACGUGAACGAGCAUCUGGUACAUAUUUUGCUAGUGCUUAUUUUAUAGCAAAAAUUCUGUCCGAUACACUUGUUCAAUUACCAGUACCGAUUUUGUUUGUACGUACAUUAUUAAAAUAA